AUGUCUUGCAUCUACAUCUUUUAUGAUUCAUCCGAAGUGCCUGAAGGUUCUUCAGCUGAUAUUGGAACUUCACAAUCGCCUAUUGAUAUUAAACUUGCAGAAACAGUCGCUCACGAAUUUUCUCCAUUCAAGUUUUCUCCUGAUCAUGACAAUGAGAUUACUCUUACUUUGAAAGACGAUGGGCAUCAAGUUAGUGCAGUACUACCAGAAGCUUCUGAAAGUGAAAAGGAACCGGAAUUAUGGUUUACUGGUAGUGAUCUAACCGGAAAAUUUAGUUUCGUCAAUUUUCAUUUACAUUGGGGUACAAGUAAUCACGAUGGAUCUGAACACACAUUUCACGGACAUACAUUUCCAGGUGAAGCACAUGUUGUCUAUAAGAAUCUUGAAACUGAAGAAAUCGCUGUAUUGGGAUUCUUUUUUCAUGUUGUUCAUUCACCUGACGAGGAAAAUAGACAAUGGAAGAAAUAUGCGCAUAUUGCAAGUCUAUUACAAAAAGGUGAUACAAUGAAUUGUACUUUCAAUUUAAGUCAACUGAUGCAAAUCGAGACUAAACAUUUUGUACGCUAUAUGGGUAGUUUGACAACACCACCUUACACUGAAGGCAUCAUAUGGACAGUUUUCAUUGAUUCGGUUCCGAUACUUGACGAUUGCUUACACCUUCUUCGCUAUAACGUAAUGGACGAAACUUAUCGAGAAGUUCAACCAAUAAAUGAUCGGGUUAUUUACAGAAAUUAUACUGAUUGA